AUUUAAUGGGUUGUCUCUUUGGCAAGAAAUAAUUAGUUAAUCAGGAAAGUGAGAUUAGUUAGGAUAUUUCAAUAAAGCUGGACUCAAGCGCAUUCAAUAUGCAGAAUGAAUUGAAAUUCUUAGGUGCUAACAAUAUAAUAUUAAAGGUUAUCCGUAUUAUUCUACAUUGACAAAAAAAUUGAACGAAAUUGUUCAUUCGAAAAUAGCAGAAUGGUCACAAUAUGAGAAUGAACUAAAUGAUCACAAAAAUAAAUUCUAAAAAUAUAUCCAAUUGAUGGAUGCCAUUAUGGAGAAUUAAGAGGUAUUGUAAAAUAUCAAUAAUUUUGAUCAGGAAAAUUGAAAAUCUUCCUGAAGAAUUUAAUACAGAUUUCAAACCUUGUCUUAUUAUUGAUGUUCAGACAGGCAAUUUUAAGAAUCAAGGAAGUGAAACCUAUUAUUAUGUUGUCAUAUCAUUAGGAAACAAUCAACUCAAAGAAUAAUAGACGAGUGUUCAAAAGAGUUCCAAAUAUAUGGAAUGGAAUGAAGUCAUCAUGUUUAAUUUAGAUGAUACUAGUUUGAAUAAUCAGUUUAAGCUAUAAAUCAAACAACUUACCAAAGUUGGAUCUAAAGAGUCUAAAUCUGUAGGUCACAGUAUCACCUUUACUUUUGAGGAAUUGAAGGAGCAGAUUAUCAAUGAGAAAACCAUCAGACUCAAAGAGAAAGAUGAUAUUAUUGGAAGUUUAUAGAUGAGGUACAAAUUUUGUCUAUGUAGAUGCUAAUUGAUACAUGACGUCAAAGAUUUUGCAUUAUAAUGGAAGAAAGAACUCAAAUAUAGAAGCUAAUAGAUAGAAAGGAUCACCCAAAAGAGUAAACUCAAUGCCAAUGACAACGAUGUGCAAUUUCAAUCAUUGAUGUCAUUUCAUUCAAAUAGGCAACACAAUGAAACUGUGUAUGAUUUAUAAUUUGAAGUUUAAUGAUAUAUUUG